UUAAGUUAUAAUAGUUUAAAAAGUGGAUCAACUUUUACUCUAUGUAGUCCCAUUUAGACACUUGUUAACAAUUGCCUUUUUCGAGACUAGUUAGCUUUCAAAAAAUCACAAGCGAGGUUUAAGUGAUGUGUUUUAUGUUGUAGAAUAAAACUGAUCUUGUGUUCACCACAGACCUUAUUAUAGGUAUUUAACCAAGAACUCAUUGACUUCAGGAUAAUGCUAACAUGUUCCCGGGUUUCGGCCUUCAGAAAUCUGUCAUCCCUGCAGCGUUCUGUUCUUGUCAUGCUUUUCUCUUUGCCAUCUUUGUUUGCUUUACUGUCCCCUUAUUUUGACUCCUUUUUAAUUGUGUGUAAUAUUUUAAUGUUAUUUUUUUAAUCAACAGGCGAGGAACUAUAUCAACUCUCUUCCGUAUAUGCCCAAGAGGAGCUUUGCAGAUGUGUUUAUUGGUGCAAAUCCAUUAGCUGUGGACCUGCUGGAGAAGAUGCUGGUUCUGGACACGGAUAAACGCAUCACUGCGUCAGAGUCUCUCGCGCACCCGUACUUCUCCCAGUAUCACGACCCAGACGACGAGCCCGAGGCAGAACCGUACGACCAGAGCUUCGAGAGCCGCGAUCUCGAGAUCGAGGAGUGGAAACGACUCACGUACGAGGAGGUGGUGAGCUUCGAACCUCCAAUGUUCGACGGAGACGAGAUGGAGUCGUGAGGAGAAUCAAGCGUACAGGAAAAUGACAUUCAAGUGCCUGCCAUCAUCAAGUGCUGGCUCCCCGUGUUCUUAUCCAUGCCUUCAUACACGCUCCGUCAAAAUGAGAGGGAAAAACACAUGCAAACGUUCCUAAAGGACACAGAGAAUGUAAUGUUUUGUGCAUUGUGCCCCAGUAAAAUCAACUGCUUUUUUUUUAAAUUAGAGAAAAAUGUGCAUUCUCAUGAAAAACAAAACGCAUUUUAAACAUUUUAUAUUCUUUCUCUGGGGAAGUGAAACGUUUACUUCCGAACUCCGCUUGCAGCCUGUUCAAUAAAUAAAGGCCAGAACAAUUCUGCACUGUCAGAAUACUAAGUUUUAGAUGUGUAAAUAAAAUGGCACAGCUGUAUAUACAUGGAAAUAAUGUGCACCAACAGUUUUAUUUAGUAUUUGCAGCGAAGCACACAUCACAGAAUGUGACCCGCGUUAUAAAUAGCAACUAAAGAGUGAAUCUGAACACGUAAAGAGAUUGUAAUUAAUAUUUCGUGCCGUGUGUAGAAUGUAAACGGACGCUGUGUUCUUCUGCCAACUGCAUCGAGAACAGUCACGAAAUAUCGAUACACGGAAAUAUAUAAUAUGGGAAAAUAUUUAGAUAUUGGUGCUCAGUGCAAGAAUUCAUUAAAAUGGGCAAAUCCUCUUUAGAAUAGACAAACCCAAAAUCAGAAGAAAAAAGAGAAAACAGCUAUUUUGAGAACCAAUAAUAAUGUUAUUAUAUUGUUAAUAUAUUAAUGAUUCAUUCAUUUUACCUCACGACUGGGUGCUCAUUACCGUAAUGCAACAAAAUCUCAUUGCUCUUAUGCACUGGACAAAAAUUUGAUUUAUUAUUUCAAUGGAACAUUAUUUUGUCCAUCAUGAUAAUAUUUUGUUGUAAUGCUUUAUAGAUUAAAAUUUUAAUUAAAAAAAAUCCUCUAAUACUGUAUUGCGGUAAUGAGACUUGUGAGACUCAUUACCGUAAUGCAACAAAAAUUAGAUUUAUUAUUUCAGUGGAACAUUAUUUUGUCCAUCAUGAUAAUAUUUGUUGUAAUGCUUUAUAGAUUUAAAUUUUAAUUUAAAAAAAUCCUCUGAUACUGUAUUACGGUAAUGAGACUCGGAGACUCAUUACCGUAAUGCAACAAAAAUUUGAUUUAUUAUUUCAGUGGAACAUUAUUUUGUCCAUCAUGAUAAUAUUUGUUGUAAUGCUUAUAGAUUUAAAUUUUAAAUUAAAAAAAAUCCUCUAAUACUGUGUUGCGGUAAUGAGACUCGGAGACUCAUUACCGUAAUGCAACAAAAAUUAGAUUUAUUAUUUCAAUGGAACAUUAUUUUGUCCAUCUUGUUGUAAUGCUUUAUGUUGCGGUAAUGGGACUCGGCAUUGACAAUAAUGUUUUUUUUUAAAUCAUGAAAGUCAUGUCAAAAUGCAAAAGGUUUUAAAGAUAUGCUUCCUUUUUAUAUAUAUAUAUAUAUAAAUGUAUUUUAUUUUAUUUUAUUUUGGGAUUAAAUGGGAUUUGGACAUGUUUUUAACUGGUUUUGUGCGAUCCAUCCUUUUUAUCUGCCUGCUUUUUCCCAGAAUUAACUCCAUGUUAAAGGCAGCUGAUCAUCUAGCUAGACUAGAGCGUAGUUUCUCUCCCUGCCAUUUUCCUUCAUUUAUUAUUUAUGUAAAUGAAGAGAAAUGGGUGUGAAAAGGGAAUUGUCAACAGAACAACUUUGCGAGUGAGAGACGGUUGCAUUAUGGCCCACGAUAAAAUGAUUAUUCCCCUUUAUUAUUGUUUGCCCUGGGAAAGAUGUACAGCCUGGAAGUUCAUGUUUGCAACAAUGAAAGAACCUGAGCCAAUACUCUGCUAUUCCGUUGAUCUUGAUUUAACAGCCCAGACUCUCAAGCGCAGCCGGCAUCUAACUUAUUGUACCAGAUUGUUUUUAAGGUGUUUUCUUUUUCACUGUAUAUUAUCACUUAAUUUUAUUCAGCAAUAUUUUAUGUGUUGAGCAUGUAUUGUUAUAUGUGAGGGGUGUGUAUUUAUGCGCAUUUUACAGUUUCCUGAGGAGUGGAGAAUCACUAAACGUGUCAAUCAGAGCAGCAAAAUAUUUCAGUUUGUCGCAUGGAACCAUUUUACAUAAAAAAGAGAUCAUUGUAUCACUUUUUUGUGCAUCUAACCAUUUUUUCUUUAGUCACCCAUAAGUUAUGUGGUCUGUGAACAACCACUGCUAUACUGAAAUAAAGGCAAUUAUUUUUCACAACA